GAGGCCGAGCGAUGCAGGAUAUUCUCACAGGAUGUGAUGGCUGGACGGCAGCCGGAGUCGUGCAAUGUGGAGGGAAGAGUCAGCUGAGAGGAGCUUUAGAUUUUCGGUGCUGGUUUGGUUACUAUCGAUCAGUGAGUGGGUGGGUGCGCGUGCUGAGGAUGUGAAAUCAACAUGGUCAGGACACACUGCAAGGAUUAGUCAUCAGCUGAAAGUGAGCACCAUGGCCGCCUUCCAGCUGCUUUUCCCGCUGUUGGUCAGCUGUGUGGCGGCAUCCGCACGUCCUCCCCGCCACCUCCCUUCAUGCCAAGUUGUCCAGAUGGAUGUGUUCUGCAGCGAUCUGAGCCUUAGAAGUGCACCAGUCGACCUUCCUCAUAACGUCCAAAUGCUGGACCUUUCACGUAACCAGGUGCAAAAUCUCACCCUGGAAACUCUAGCAUACCAUACCGGCUUCCACCAUCUGAACCUUCACUCAAACAGGAUUCACUUCAUCCAGCCUGGGCUCUUCAGAGAUAUGACUGAUCUUAAAGUCUUGGAUCUGUCCAGGAAUCAUUUAAAUGUUUUUGCUCUCUCCAAAACCAACAUUGGGCCUCUUACAGCUGUAGAGUCUCUGGAUCUUUCAAGUAAUGGGCUGUACACAGGGAUGUCGGACUAUUUCCUAGCUCAUUCUCCAUCACUAACAAACCUUUCUCUGAACAGCAAUAGCAUCACCAAAAUAGCACAAAAUAGUUUCCUUGGAUCCUCGUCCUUGAGAAAAAUCAGCCUCCACAAUAAUGUCAUUUUGGAGAUUGAAGAUGGAGCUUUUGACUCCUUGGAUCAUCUGACUGAACUCGAUUUGUCCAAAAACUCAAUCACGUGCAUCACAGACUUCAACCUCUAUAAUUUAACAGUGCUUAAUCUCAGCAAGAACAGCAUGGAGUUUUUCCAAAGCACAAGUUCAGAUGUUUUGUAUAAACUUCUCUAUCUUGAUCUGAGUCAAAACAAAAUGCCUUCCUUUCCUCUUCUUCCAAGUCAGAACAUUCUUGAAUAUCUGGACGUUUCACGAAACCAACUUCAGAGCGUCAAUGUUACAGGAACUAAUUCAGUAGUGAUUUUGAAUCACCUGAAAUACCUGGACAUGAGUUACAACCAACUCAAAAGCAUACCAUAUACCUUUUUUUGCUCUAUGGGAUCUCUCGAGGUCCUGAAUGUGAGCAAUAACUGUAUUGGCUCGUUUUCCAUCCCUUACAUAGACAUUCUACGGACAGUGAGGGUUAUCAAUCUCAGCUAUAAUUCCCUGCAGAGCCUGACAUUUGGGGAAAACGCUCUGCAAUCACUGGAAGAGCUCAUCUUACAAGGAAACGACCUCACCACCCUGGACCAUCAAACAUUUCUAAGACUUCCAAGUAUCAAACACCUGCAGCUCCAGCAGAACAAUAUAAAAAUCUGCGCCUCAGAGAAGAAAACAUCACUGACAGACCACAACCACCAGGAUCCUUCAGGUUGUGUCUCCUUUUCUUCUAUUCCAAGCUUGCAGUUCUUGUACCUUUCUGAAAACAAUCUGGAGACUCUGCCUGCGAAUGCAUUUGCAAACACACCUCUGAGUUUACUGGACUUGUCCCUGAACCCGGGCUUAGACAUGGAUAAAGACUCCCUCAUUGGUCUCGAGCAUUCCCUGGUUCACCUGCUCCUGAGUGAAAACAACAUUUCCAAACUGAACAUAGACCUGUCCUCGCUGAGGAGUCUCAAACAUGUAAACCUGUCCACCAACCAGUUGACAACUCUGCCUGUGUGGAACAAAGUGUCCUCCAUUGAGUCACUAAACCUGCAAAACAACCAUCUGGUCACUCUGGAGUACAACACCAUAUUUGCUCUGGAGCGCUCACUAAAAACCCUCUACAUGGGCUCCAAUCCUCUAAGCUGCUGCAAAAACCUUGACUUCCUCCACUUAGUUCAGCACUCUACUGUUGUUGUUCCCGACAUUGAGACUGUGACCUGUGUUCACGAGAAGAAUUCAGAGCCAGUCAACAUAGAGGAGGUGAAUCAGGAAAUGUGUCAUACACAAGGAAAGCCAAAUUAUAUUGUUGUUGCUGUAGUGACAGUGUUGGUUGUAAGCAUCGUGGUGGGACUACUCGUUAAAUGUUGCCAUGCAAGGAAACGAAAGUGCAACCGAAGCUUCAGCGCAUAAUGUGAAUAAACUGUGUACAUUCAGCUCCAUGAAGGACUUUAUAUUUGAAAUUUUUCCAAUUUCUUUUCACAAGAAGGUUGGUGGUUUUAAUCAGAGACAAUAAAAAAACAUGAAUGUAGUGUCUGUGAUUGCGCCCAACGAUUUCUGAAUGGACAAUCUGAAGCCAUGAUUUGGGUUUACCACUGCCAUCUUUGUUCAUAGAGUAAAUAAAUCCAGAUUGGUGAAGCUGAGACGGGACAGUCAAGAAGCUAGAACAGCUGACUGAUAGGCUGAGAUGCCUGUUUAUCAAGCAAACAUGUGACAUAAUGUCUCCUAAAUGAAUUAGUGAUUCUGGAGAAGAAGUAAACUCAAAGUUUGGACUUUUUAAAGUCAGUUUCUUGCAGUUAGCAUCUACUGGUCAUUUGAGGAAUUGCAACUUUAGAUCCUUAUGGCUAAAGCAGCGGUUUCCUACUCGGUUUUGGUAUCAACCCAUGUGAUUAUAAUGAAUGUAAAAGGAAAGAACCACACUAAAAUGCAUCAACGCCAUUGACCAUUUUCUCCUACAGGGUUCUCAACAGACCAGACUGAAAAACAGCCUAAAAAUAUGUCUGUCAUUUUGGGAAAUAUACUUAUUCCCUUUCUUGCUGAGAGUUAGAUGAGAAAAUUUAUACCACUCUCACAUUUAAGAGUGGUAUCAAUCUUCUUGUCUUACUCUCAGCAAGAAAGCAAAUAAGCUUAUUUCCCAAAAUAUUGAACUAUAUUCCUUUACAGGUUGAAUGAAGCGUUCUUGAAAAUGUAGAUAAAUUAGUGACUGAAACAGAGAAAGAUAAAACAGACUGAUGGAGAGUUUCAACAAUGGUCAGAUGUCUUUACUCAGUGAAGUUCAGUGUAAGAUUAUCUGAGUGGAAUUUCUCUUAAAGCUAAGAAUAAAGAACACCACACUACAAAAAUGUCAAGAAACAAAAUGCUCUUUAUUCUUGGAUAAUGAAGUCUGAUUAGAUUAAGGAGGUCAUCUGGGAUGACUGCACACGAUCCAAAAGAGUUUUAUUUUAAAGCAAUCAAAGCCGUCCCUUUACUCUUUAUGUAGUUUGCACUUUACAUUUCCUCUUGUUUAAGUGAUUGUUUCUUGUUCUGUGUAUGUUAACACUAAGAAAUGAAUAAUGCUACAAUUACAAGCAUAUAAUUUAUUAUUUUUUUACUAUAAAAACUAAGCUGGACAUUUUAAACAAUAUGUUUUUCUGUAUUGAUCCCAGGCCUGUGGUUCUCCGUCUUGACACAAUAUGUCGAUUAAUUUGACAAGAAAAUGUUUCAAUACCCUUUUCAGGAUGAAGUCGAAAGCCGGACAAAGCACUGACAUUAAUAACUGUGAUACUCUAAUAUAGUAGUACUAUAUACAGUAUGUGCUGUAUAUAUUUUAAAUAAAUAAAUAUGAAAUCCAGCGCUGUAUUGUAGUUGACUACACUGGGAUCCACAAUUUCAGAUGAUGUUAAUGUGCUUAAUCCUAAAACCAAAUUAUGUCAAACUGAUGACCUUUCUUAUCCUGUGACUUAAUUUUGUAAACAAUGUUAACAAUAUUUUGAACCAAAUGAAGGCCAUUUGCUACAUUUAUACACUGUGUGAGAAAAUUAUUGUUGUGAAACAUGUAAACCUCUGAACACUGUAUCCACACCAGCACAUUUUCAGUUACCUCACUCAUCAUUACUCAGCUAAUACCUUAAAGAUGCAUUUCACUCUGUACUUACUCAGAAUAUUUGGCGGUUUGGGCAGGUUUGACUUUGGUUUGGCACACAUUUUGGUAACAUUACCCUAUGUGGUGUUUCCUUACUGAGAGUUAGAUGAGAAGCGUGGUAUCGAUCUUCACAUCUAACUCUCAGAGAGAAAACAAAUAAGCGCAAUUCCCAAUAUGUCGAUUUUUAAUAAUUACUGUCAGAGCAUAAUGAACACAGUCUGCAAAGGAUUUAAGGGGCUUUAUGAAGAAACUCAUGACAUGAUAUUAAACUGAAUGUAAUUUUC